AUGCUCCAGGAGGACUUUGCCACAAGAACAGACAGUAACCAACGUUCGCAAACCGAGUCGACCAUUCCACACGAUGAGCUUCUCUCGUCUGUUGAGAGCGAGCGCACGUUCUUUGCACCGUUGGCGGAAGGAGAGAGUUAUGCGAGGCAAAUUAUGGAGAAGCAAUGGUUUCGUGGUAUGUCGUCAAUAAAGGGCAAGGCCGAGUUGGAAUUGGCCAGUAUAUCAAUGCUACAGAAGCACGGCUUCGGUGGCCGCAACGCGUCAGAAGAUGGCCAGGAAGAGGAAGGACAGCAAGGACGGCGAAAUACGACCGAGGGGGGGAUGCAGCACGACAGAAAGCGGGGUGAAUUUUUGUACCGUGAAUCUACGGAGCGAAUUGAGUUGGAGCGUGACGAACAUUUCGGCAUUUCUGUACUGCAACUCAUCAUGGAGGAGGAUCUCGAGCGUAUCGCAAUGGAGGAGGAAGCCUUCGUAAGGCUACAGCUUGUAUGCGAUGUGAUGAGGCCCAAGAUUCGCUGGCGUUAUAUCUUUGCGUGGGGAAUCAUGAAGGCUGUGGCUUCUCCCCCCUCGUGGUCUGAAAUGGAGCGUAUCCGCCCCACUCAGCGCCAAAAGCCCGCCUACUUGCGUGUUCCGCCGCCCACCUGCCCGGUUCCCAUUGAGCCAAACCCAUUCUGGGAGCCAUGGGAGGGGAUGGAGUCGACGCGUCUAAUGAUUCAAAUGGGUUCUGAAGCGUGA